AUGCACGCUCGAGAGGCGGGCGAGUCUCCCCCGCACUGCUUCCUCCUCGACGUGCAUUUCCAGAUCACUGGCACUGUGCUCGCUGCACAAGGGCCCUGCGAACUGGUGGCAGGGGACAGGUGGCCGCCCUGUGGCACGCGGUCACAGGUGGUGGGCUCAGGCGUGUGCGCGCUGCCCCUGGGCCCACCCCGCACCCCUGCAGGGCUGGUGACGGCAGGUGAGCGCAGCACACAGGGAACUUUCACACCCGAGCGUGGCCUUGACCUAGGAGCUGUGGCCCUGAGAGAAGGGACUCCCCAGCAGGAGAACGUGCGGUGGGGUCAUCUAGGCCCGGGGCCUGUUGGAGUCGUCGGCACCUCAUCUGACAGUGCAUCCCUCUACUUGGGGUGUGCGCAAAGCACGGUCCCCGGAACACGGGCCUGCCAGCCGCCAGGAUGCCAGCGCUGGGCUAGGACAGCUGCUGUCGACCUCGACCCCCGCGCAGUUGAGGACGUCGUGAGCAACAAACCUGGGAUUCCUCUGAUAACCAGAGUGUCUGAACGUAGUGUACGGGUGCAGAACAGACACAGGAGGAUCUGUACGGUGCGUCCGAGAGGCCGCCGCCACCGCCAUGCUGUAGGAAAGUCUUUUGAAGUAGACACAGGUUUGCUCAGAAUGGAACAGAUUCUAAGAGCACACGAAACCCCAACACCACGGGGAGGACUAGAUCCAGCGAUCCAGAGUGAGUGGAGAGGAGGACACGGACAGGGGCCCUGGGCAGGAGGCGAGUGUCCAAGGUGGCCACCCAGACGGAAGCCCCCCCCCCCGCAGGGACGCACGGCUUCGUGUCCCAACAGUACAGCGGAACCUGCGUUUGUUCCGGGAUCCCACGGCGUGACAAAGAACUCUGCGUUAAAAAGAGUUAAAUGUCUUUAGGAGACAACCUGCAUCCACUUGAAUGUAGUCUUUCCUAUAAGAGUGUGAAUAUAAGGCCACAAUAUUUACUUGGGAUAAACCCCUCAUGUAGUCAUUUUAAUAAACAUUCAUUCUUUGCAAA